AUGAUUGGAGCAAAGAGUGGGAAGAAGCAAACAGAACAAAGAAACUUGGGAUAUGACACUCGAGAAUGUUUGCACAAUGCGGAUUACAUGUACAUCCAUCAGGAUGAUGCAAAUGAGGAUUGGUUCCCUGAGGACCCAUUGGAAGCAUUCAGAGAAAUGAGGGCAAGCAAAGUGUUUGACGUGUCAGAAAUGAAAGGGAUGAUGUGGCUUGCACAUAGUCUUGUUAACAAACAAAUACCUAAGAGUGCUUCGAAUGCAUACGCGUGA